AUGGCAGUCGACCACCCGGAAGACAUCCUCCCCACGCGUUCGUUACUGGGCAAACGAUCCCCGCUCGUCCUCGUCGGCGCCGCAUCCACCGCGGCGGUUUUAUUCGCCGGGUUAAUGUCCUUCCGAAGUGGAAAUUUCAACCUCUCGCAAAAGAUGAUGCGCUAUCGAGUUCUCGCGCAAGGCGCGACGGUCGGGGUGAUGGUCGCCACGAGCGGCGUCGCGUUCGCGGAUUUAGGGAAACUGGAUCAAGUGUGGAAGAAUAUUACUCUCGGUGGCAGUGAUGAUGAAGAGGACGGGAAGAAGUGA